GGUUUGUGUCGACACCAUGGCGACACAGAGAAUAUUGUUUCGAUGGACUUCAGCGACACAGUGCAGCAAAAACUGACACAGAAGUAUUCGUGGAUAAACCCUGUGUGAGCUGCAAGCAAGCUGCAAGUUUCCAACUGGCACAAUAGCAAGUUGAGCACGGUGCAGAGCUAUAUUUAAUUUUGUCUUGUUGGAAAACUAAUUUGGCAGACAAAAUGGAUGAGAAUAAUGUUGCCGUUUUGGCUAUUUUAGAUAAUCAGUGUACCACAUCAGUAUCUCCAUACAAACAGAACAUGGGCAUUCCUACCUACAAUCAAGCACAUACGAUGACCAAUUUGCCUCCUCAUCCUCAAGAGGAACCAGAUCCUAGUGAAGCUAAUAAACAAAAUGUAAUUUGGACUAAGAAUGCCACAUUGAUGCUUUUAAGUUUAUAUGAAACCAAAAUGCAUUGUAUGGACAAUCCAAAAAAGAAAACUAAAAUGUGGAAAUCUAUAGCUGAAGAGUUGAGAUCGCUGAAUGUUGAGGUCACCCCAGAUCAAGUAAGAUGGAAAAUAAAUGCCCUUACAAAAAAAUACAAAGAUUGCAUAGAGAAUGGUCAACAAAUGUCUUUUAAAUAUUUCAAUGAAAUGCAUCAAAUUCUCGGGCGCUUCAGUGAUGACAGUGUUACAUAUAGGUUAGCAUCAGGAGUGAUGCAGAAUCAAGAAGACAUGGACAGAGAUCCAUCAUUAUUCAAAAAAAGAAAAGCAGGUACACAAUUUAGAAAUUUACGGAUGGAACAAAGAGCCAAAAUACAAUUAGAUAAACAGUGGGUUGAGUAUUUAAGAAGGCAAGAAGAACAGAAAUUAAUCAGGGAUGAGAGGUAUGAAAGAAGUUUAAAAUUGAAAGAAGAAGAACUACAACUGAGGCGAAAAGAAUUAGAAAUGAAGCAAACAUUAGCCUUAAAGCGGCUACAACUAAAAGAAAGAAAACAAGAGGAAAUGUUAAGGAUAGAGAGGGAAAAGUGUGAUUUACUGAGAAAAUUAUUAGGUGAUUAGUGAAAAAAAUGCAAUGAAUGCAU